AUGACGACCAUUACCCACACUCCCACACCAUCCAGCUUAGGGUUUCUCGAUCUCCCUGCAGAGAUCAGGGUGAUGAUCUACCGCAAUGUUUUCGAAUCCCUAGGCGAUACCCCCGUGCGCCAUGUCAGCCAAAUGGCUAAAGACCUGAUUGAGCCGAAGAGACAUGUCAUAGCAGCCAACGGCAUUAUGCGGACUUGCCGGACAGUGUAUCAAGAGUCGGUUCUAGUAUUCUACAGCACUGUUUGUAUUCAUCUGUCGCUGAAUCCGUUAAGAGGUCUUCGGUUACUGACGAAUAUAAAAAACAAGCUGGCGAUUAUUCAGCAUCUGAGCGUAGACUUCGAGUACAGUCAACUGAUGCACCAACCAAUCGAAAUUGCGGAUAUCCAUGGUAGAAGGUAUGCCUUGGCCAAGCUAGCUCAACAGUUUGAGGGCAAGCUCUGCGAGUCGACGUUCACGCUACACCUUAUCUCUGACGCAAUACCGCACCUGUCGUGGAUGUAUAGUAGCGAGUUCAGCUUCCUCAACCUAAUGCUGAACGCUGGCUAUGCGGAUAAUCCGGAACAAUGGUCUCAUGGCCGGGGGCAGUUCUGGCUUGAGCCAGAAACAAGUGGCGGGCCCCUGCCUCGUCACCACUCCACCUUCCUCGGACGAGCGCUCUGCAAGAUCCAAGCCCGAGACAUGAUAACCCUCGUUGCCUUUGCACAUCGCACAUGUAACACCACCCCUUACACGGGAAAUUGGGCGAACGUGCGCUCGGCCAUCCCAGGCACUUUAUGGGCGACGCGCGACUUCGACCGGUGGGCUCAGAUCAACCUCUCGGCACGACAGCGGAGAGGACUCGAUUAUCUUGGAAAAGAAGGGGAUGAAGACAACCUCAAGUCGUUUCCAUCAGCUUGGCACUAUCGUCCUCAUGGCUCACAAGCUGAGACACUGCCUAGCUGGGAGCAUCGGAUCGACGCCCAUCAUGAGGCUACACGUCAGAAAGGUCGAUGGAUCAAUGGAUGCUACAUCAAGGACGCAUAA